AAUGCUGCUUCAAGUCGGAGCAGCCAAGACGGAGGAAGAAGUAGGCUACGCUGCGGGAGUGAUCGAAUCCAUCUUCUCCAUCACCCAACUGCUUACCGUAUUUCACUGGGGUGCACUAUCAGACAGGAUCGGUAGAAAGCCAGUCCUGAUCAUGGGAUGUAUCGGCUCUUCCCUCUCUGCCAUCGCUUUCGGGCUCAGCAGAUCAUUUUGGGCACUUGUCAUCACGCGGAGUUUGAACGGGGUGAUGAAUGGUAACAUUGGCGUACUCAAAGCCAUUGUUGCCGAGAUUUCCGACGAGACCAAUGAGUCUAGAGCUUUUUCCUUCUUCCCCAUUUGCCUCAAUGUAGGUAUCCUCAUCGCAUCGUUCAUCGGUGGAACUUUUGGUUCAUCUGCUGGUUUUCCGAAUCUCACCAAGACGUUCCCAAUCUUCCUCACUUUUCCAUACCUUUUGCCCAAUCUGCUCGCUGCGCUGCUACCAGCCAUAGUCGCUGUGGUCGCUUGGAUCUGGCUCAAAGAGACCUUGCCGUCAAAGGCGAACGCGUCGUCCGCUUCGGAUACUACGGUCCACGACGCAGAUGGUUCCAGCUCAGCAGGGAAAGACGACACGUCUUACAAGUCACUCUUCACACCUCAUAUCAACGCCAUCAUGUUUUCCUUUGCUGUACUCUCCCUGUUGGGUGGUGCACAAUCAGCCAUCCAACCACUGUUCUGCUUCACGCCUGUGAGAGAUGGUGGACUGGGAUUCAGCGAAAGGGAGAUCGGAAUCAGCAUGUCCAUUCGAUCCGUAUCGACAGUCCUGGUCCAAGUCUUGGCCUUCCCGUGGCUACAACGGACAGUGGGGACGUUGCGGCUGUACAGAUGGCUGAUGAUCCUCUGGAUACCAACGUAUGUCGGGCUACCAUUUGUCAAUGGCUUGGCUAGAGUCGCGACGAACAACGGCAAGAUACAUGGAUCAAGCCCUGGAGUCUGGGUAGGGCUAUCCUCCACACUGUUAUGCAGUGCAGUUGCCAAUAUGGCUUUUGUCUGCAAUCUUCUCAUGACGAAUGCCGCCGCACCUUCCAGACAACUCCUAGGAGCUAUCAACGGCUAUUCUCAAGUCUUGUCAUCCGGAGUGAGAAUCAUCGGACCGGGUGGUUCUUCCAUCCUCUAUGCUGUAUCAGUAUCAAAGCAUCUACUGGGUGGAAAUCUAGUUUGGCUGGUCCUUGGCUUGACAGCAGUGCUGGGAGUCGUAUCUGGAAUCAUGAUCAGACAGUCAUGAUGAAACCGUAGAAGACCCGUGAUGUACAAUCAAUAAUGUAUCGUUUUGAUUAUCGG